UACAUAUUAUCAGUAAAUUAUUUGUCAAUAUUAUACCAAUAAUAACAACUUAACUGAAUAAUUAUCUCAACGGCAAGUGUGGGAGUAAAGUGUGUGUGGAGGCGUAGUGUUUAAUAUUACGGAACAGGGCAACAAUGCAAGGUUGGUCGGCAGUUGCAGAUAGCUAUGACCCGCUAAGAGCAGGCAGCAUAGAUGGCACGGAUGAAGUACCCCACGACAGAGGUGUAUUCAGAGCUAUGAACACAAAAUAUAGACCAAACAAAGGUGUAGAUGGAGAUCCAACAUGCAUCAUAUUUGUUGCCAGGCUUAAUCAUAGAACUAGUGAAGAAACAUUAAGAGAGGUCUUUUCAAAAUAUGGGUCAAUCAAAAAAGUCAAACUAAUCAGGGAUAUUGUGACUGGAUACUCUAAAUGCUAUGCCUUUUUGGAGUACACAGACAAUAAAUCUGCAUAUAGAGCUCAGAGGGAGGCUGAUAAACAAGUUGUGGAUGGGAAGGAGAUAUUUGUAGAUUUUGAACAUAGUCGAACAAUGCCAGGAUGGAUCCCACGCAGGCUAGGAGGUGGUUUGGGUGGAAAUAAGGAAUCUGGGCAACUAAGAUUUGGUGGAAAAGAUAGACCUUUCCGGAAGCCUAUAUUAUUAAAUCAAGUAAGACCGUAUGACAAUGAACAUGUUAACAGGAGGAGGGAUACAAAGGACAGAUAUGAAUAUAGAGGGCACAGAUAUCAGAACAGUAAUCCAAAAGGAGACAGGGACAGGCGUUUUCACGAAAGAGCAAGAUCCAGGUCCACGGAGAGGAGUCCAUCUAGAGAAAGGGGUAACAAAGACAGAAAGGAGUCAAACAGAAAUCGCAAGGGAAGAUAUUGACUGUUGCAGAAAAAAUUGCAUGCAAUUCUGAAUGCGACUCUGAAAAUACUGUCAUAUCAUAUAUAAAUGUAUAACUCUACCAAAAACAGAAAGGUUUAACAGUAUGAUUUGCAUGUAAUAACAGUUAGAUUAAGAAACUAAAACGUGCACUGCUGAAAUCUUGCCCCUGUUAAACGAGAAAAAGAAAAAAUGAACAAAUAUCUUGUCAACAUUGACACAACUAUCAUAUCUUUUAUACAUGCGCAUAUAUAUAUAUAUAUAUAUGUGUACGUCCAUGAUACUAGGUAACAACAAU